GUUACACUUUUCAGAGAGGAGGAGUCAUUCAGUUAUAAAAACAGCUGUCACACACAUGAGGACUUGGCACUGAGUGGCUGAGCAACUGGGAGGCAGGCUUUAAUAAGAGAAAACAAGAGGCGGCAUCAUGGCGGGGAAGCCCAAGCUUCACUACUUCAAUGGACGAGGCCGAAUGGAGUCCAUCCGCUGGCUCCUGGCUGCAGCUGGAGUGGAGUUUGAAGAGAAAUUUGUGGAAACUCCGGAAGGCUUGGACAAGUUAAGGAACGAUGGGUAUCUGCUGUUCCAGCAAGUGCCGAUGGUGGAAAUCGAUGGGAUGAAGCUGGUGCAGACCAGAGCCAUCCUCAACUACAUUGCCGCCAAACACAACCUCUACGGGAAAGACCUGAAGGAGAGAGCCCUGAUUGAUAUGUAUUCAGAAGGUAUAGCAGAUCUGUAUGAAAUGAUCUUGCUUCUUCCACUGUGCCCACCAGAUCAAAAGAGUGCCAAGAUAACCCAGAUCAAAGAGAGAACAGUGAACCGCUAUUUCCCUGUCUUUGAAAAAGCGCUCAAGAGCCAUGGACAAGACUACCUGGUAGGCAACAGGCUGAGCAAGGCUGACAUCCACCUGGUUGAACUGAUCUACGCUGUUGAAGAGAUUGACCCCAGCCUUCUGGCCAACUUCCCUCUGCUGAAGGCCCUGAAAACCAGGAUCAGCAGCCUCCCUUCGGUGAAGAAGUUCCUGCAGCCUGGCGGUCAGAGGAAGCCUCCCAUGGACGAGAAAGCAUUAGAACAAGCCAAGAAGAUUUUCAGGCUUUAAAUAAAGCAGACAGGGAUGCCCAGCACACAUAGAAUCAAUCUUCUGAAAUCUUUCAACAAUGAGGUGCUCUACGGAGAUGUCAAACCUGUGAAACUAAGAAUCUUUUCCGAAGUAUAAAUGCUAGUUUAAUUAGAAAUCAACUUUGCAGAUUUACUUGCCCAGCAAUCUAUUUUGUUUAGGUCAAAUGUGAAAUCACGAUCAUAUUCUGGAAUGUGUCUUCCAUCUAAAUAAAUGGAGAAAAAGCUUCA